UGAUGUCCAACACCAGCAGCUGGACUCAAACCACUGCUGACCAGUGGUUAGGCUCAGGGUUAGUUUAACCAGCCUGGCAGCAGAGUAGACCCUCUCACCAGCCAUCAGUCAGUGAUCUUUGGGACAACAACCUGGGCUGGGACUUUGUUCCACCAAUCCAGUCGUGGAGGGUGAGCUCUAUAAAAGAGGAGGUGUGCAGCCUUCCAGACUCACUCCUCACCACCUCCCCCAUCGCUAACUCCUCCUGCGUCUGCUGCGAGUGGCUGCUCGAUCUGAAACCAUGGCCAAGGACAUGACUCUCAUGUGGGGCUCUGGCUCUCCUCCCUGCUGGAGGGUGAUGAUCGCUCUGGAGGAGAAGAACCUGCAGGGGUACAACAGCAAGCUGCUCUCCUUUGACAAGGGGGAGCACAAAUCCAAGGAAGUCAUGGACGUUAACCCAAGGGGUCAGCUGCCUGCCUUCAAACAUGGAAACAUCAUCGUGAACGAGUCCUAUGCUGCUUGCCUGUACCUGGAGAACCAGUUCAAGUCCCAGGGAACGAAGCUGAUCCCUGACAGCCCGGCUGAGAUGGCCCUGACGUACCAGCGCAUGUUUGAGGGUCUCACACUCUUCCAGAAAACAGCACAAUCUCUCUUCUACGAGCGCUUCGUCCCGGAGAACGAGAGGCACGAUUCUGCCAGAAAGAGGAACGGAGAAGAUCUGAAGAACGAGAUCAAACUGUGGGAGGGAUACAUGCAGAACUCAUCAGGAGAUUUCCUCGCAGGAAAGACCUUUUCAAUGGCCGACGUAAUCGUUUUUCCUGUGAUUGCUUUUCUCUUCCGCUUUGGGUUAAACGAGGAGCACUUCCCUAAGCUUGCAGCUUAUCAUGAACUUCUGAAGAACCGACCCAGCAUCAAGGCUUCCUGGCCUCCCAGCUGGAAGGACACACCAGGAAUGCCGGUGCUGAAAGACUUCUGAGCUGUUAAACCUGUUAGAUAUGAACCCGCGCCUUCGGCUGCACGCUGUAGAAGUUAAUAAAGCACGCUUUUGCGGCAGCUGUGUUAAUUACAGGUACGGUUUUAUGCUGUGAACAAAACGAUAAUAAAAUUUAAUUACAUGUU